UGAUUCCAAUUGUUGGAAAUAUUUGUGAACCAAAUAUUGGAAUGGAUAUAAACUCCGCAAACAAGAUUAUGGAGGAAGUGGAUGUCAUAGUUGAAUCUGCAGCUAGCACAACGUUGAAUGACAGGUACGAUUUCCUACUUGAUAUAAACGUGAAUGCGCCUCUACGGCUUAUGAGGUUCGCCAAGAAGUGCAAGAAUCUGAAGCUUUUUGUGCAUAUUUCCACAGCAUAUGUUAAUGGAAUAAGAGAAGGCAUAAUCUACGAGAAGCCGUUGAUGAUGGGAGAAAAUGGGAGAAAGCAUGAUGACAAUGAUGAGCUAUCUUCAUCCUUGUUUCCCCUAGAUUUGACGGAUGAGAUGAACUUGGCUAUGAAAGCCUGCAUAGCCUCAGGCGAUCACGACACCACCAAAGAUCUCAAGAGGCUCGGCCUAGAAAGAGCUGCAUACUAUGGAUGGUACAACGCGUAUCAUAUGACUAAGGCAAUGGGAGAAAUGGUCCUCAACGAAACAAGGCAAGACAUCCCACUGCUUAUUUUGAGGCCAUCCGUCGUCGAGAGCUGCUACAAAGAACCUGUUCCCGGAUGGAUACAAGGAAAUAGAAUGUAUGAUCCAGUGAUAAUUUCUUAUGGAAAAGGACAACUUCCUGCUUAUUUGGCAGAUCCUAACCUACAUACCGACAUUGUUCCAGUAGAUAUGGUGGCGAAUACGACGAUUGCAGCUAUUGCUAAGCAUGGAAUUAUGGGAAAGGCAGGAGUGAACGUGUACCAUGUGGCAACGGACUUUGUGAACCCUUUAAGAUUCAAUGAAAUGUUCGAAUAUAUUUAUGAGCAUUUUUGUGCAUAUCCUUUAGUUGAAUCGGAAAAUAUGGUGAAAAUGAGGUUGUUCGAUCAAUUUAGUAACUUAUCCACGUACAUAAGAGAUCAUGUAUCCGAGCAAAAUACAGUAGUUGGUGUGGAAUCAAAGACUCGAAAACAUAACAAAGCGAGGGUUGCUUAUGCCGAGCAACUGUGCAAGAUGUACGAGUUCAUAGGAUUCUUCAAAGCCAGGUUCCACACUGGUAACACUCGUGCGCUGUUGGAGGAGAUGUCGGAAGAGGAGCGAGCUGUGUUCGAAGUGGAUGCCACAAAGAUAGACUGGAAGAAGUAUUUUGUCGAUAUUCACAUUCCUGGUUUGAGAAAGCAUGUUGUCAACGCCACGAGGCUAGCUUCAGUCUAAUUAGAUUAAUCUUUAUAUUUUCAACUUACAUUUUGUAUUUUAAUUUAUUGGUAUAUGUUGUCCGUGUGUAAUAUAUGACGUCUACUGUUUAAUUAUCAUUAACAAAUUGUGGAAAAGAUCGACAUUAUUGUACAAAUUUUACAGCUAAUUAUGAGUAAAUGUGAAUCGUCCUUUGCGAUUUUCUGA